GACAUACUCUCUUCACCACAAGCACCUUGAUUAAUCGCAUCUACUCAACCUCGCUUAUUUCCUUCAUCGGUGGCCAAAUAUCUAUCAGCGCAUAUAUCAACAAACCUAAGUGCCCCGAAAUCAGUUACAGCCAAAAUGGGCGAUAACGGCAACAAACUUGCUUUCUCAGCUACCAAAAAGAGUAGCAUCAAUGACGAAAAUUUCAAUCGUCGCCACGAAGCCCUCGCGGUCGCAUCGGCAAACAUAGCUCUAACCAUGUUGCGACGCGGCAAAUUCCUCGAACACGAGCUGGGACGUGCACUUGACCACAUUCGUACCAGCAAUCAAUGUUUGAAAGAAUUCAUAUCGUUGCUUGAGUCGGCUGAUGAGGAUCGACGGGAUAGGCGGGGAGGUGCUGGCUCGUGGUUGAAGAUUGCUGAGCAGGUGAAGUCUGUUGCAGAGUGGGUUGAUCGAUGUGCGGAUGACAAGGAUGAACAUGAUGAUGCCGAGAAAGAAGUGACGACUGAGGAUAAGAUUGAGAAGGAGACUGGUGGUGUAUCUCCUGCUACAUGA